GGACAAAAUUUCGAGGCAACGGACUUUGUAUUUUACCCAUACCCCUUUUUUCUCUAUUCAAAAUGAAUACAUCAUCAUUGGAUUGGGCAGACGAAGAGGAAUACGGUAGUUCUUUGCCAUCCAUUCAAACGUUUGACAACCCAGAUGGCACAAAAACCAUGAUUGAGUUUCGCGUCGAUGAUAAUGGCAAGAAAGUGAAAGUUACGAGAGUAAUUAAAAAGACUGUUGUCACUGAACGCGUGCAACAUGCUGUUGCCGAGAGAAAGAAGUGGGCAAAGUUUGGAAAAGAAGCAGGCAAACCUGGCGGUGUAGACACUAGAACAACCAGUGUUGGAGAAAACGUUCAAUUACGCCUACAACUUGGAUGGACGACAUCUAAGGAAGAAGAACAAGAAGAGGACGCUUUGGCAGCUGCUAAGGUCAAGGCCAAGAGUGGAUCUGUUGUACGUUGUCGUGCUUGUAGAGGUAGUCACUUUACUGCCCAAUGUCCUUAUAAGAAUAUCAUUGGACCAGUGGAUGAACCUCCUUUGGAAGCUACCCCAGCCACAAACAGAAUCACUGGUGCUUUAGGCGAGAAGCGCUACCUUCCUCCUCACAUGCGUGGUGCAUCUACUCGUGAGGGAGGUGACUCCAUGUUCAAGCGUGAGCGUGACGAUAGCGCCACCCUCCGUGUCACCAACCUUUCGGAUGAUACUCGUGAAGAAGAACUUCGUGACUUAUUCCGUCGUUUCGGUGGUAUCCAACGUGUAUAUUUGGCAAAAGACAAGGAAACUGGACGUGCCAAGGGAUUUGCUUUUGUCAGUUACUAUGAUAGAGAAUGUGCCGUUCGUGCUCGUGACCGUUUGGACGGUUUCGGUUGGAACAACUUGAUUCUUCGUUGUGAAUUCUCGAAACCUCGUGAUUAAGCAUAUUUUUACGCAAUUUAAUCUACGAUAAAAAAUCCUUCUCUUCAUAGAACUUGCACUUUCUGUUUGGAAUUACAAGUUUUCGUUGUUUUCUUACGCACAGCUGAUCUGUUGUAAAUCUCCUGGAAUUUAUUUUAGCUGUGUUCUUAAUUUGUCCUGGUUUAUGCUUGUACUGUACAAGAGAUUCAUUCCAUAUUUACAAUGAGCAUGUGGAAGAUUUGUUUAUACAUUUUGGGUUCUUGAUGUAGGUGACCAACUUCUUUACUUUAAAAUUUUAUCUAUGUAAUCAAUGGAAUCACGUUUCGCUCCUUUUAA